GAGAAAGGUUACCAUCAAGCAAUGAUCAAUUCUAAUUUGGAAUAGAACUAUCUUUUCGAAUAUUAUUUUUUUCAUUUGCUUUUCUAUCUUUACUUAAAGCAUAUCCCAAUUCACAACCCACCACCUUAGGCCUCUCUAUAUAACUUCCAUCAGAGCUCAAGUUCUUCACAGCCAACUCUUAACUCUCUCUCUCUUCACCACAAGCAUUCUUCAACCAUCUUUCCAACAAUGGCCACAGUGACAGCUUUGGUGGCUGAAAAGCCCAUGGUGAUCUUCAGCAAAAGCAGUUGUUGCAUUUGCCACUCCAUUAAGAAACUGAUACACGGUUUUGGGGCGAGUCCUACUAUUUAUGAGCUUGAUGAACUUUCAAAUGGACAACAACUGGAAAGGGAGUUGUUGUCAUUAGGGCGUGAGCCGAGUGUACCAGCUGUGUUCAUAGGGGGAGAGUUAGUUGGCGGUUCUAAAGAGGUCAUGAGCCUCCAUCUCCAAGGCAAGCUAGUCCAAUUGCUCAUACAGGCUGGAGCUAUAUUUGUACAGGUUUGAUGAGAGAACUUAUAUUUUAAGGUGUAUUUUCCAGGUGUAUUUUCCUUUUCUUUUCUUUUUUUCUUUUUUUUCGUUGGCACUAAAUAAAGUCAUACUUAGUUAUUUUACUAUCUCUUAAACAUAAUUCAUUAAUGUCUGUAUUUCUACAUGCAUUAGUGCAAGAAUACAGCAUAUGUAAUUCCAAUUGUAGUGCCCCCAACAAAUAAAAUAUAAAACGAGCAUAUUAUACAUUCAAGAGACAAAAUUACCAGUUCACUAUAAGAGUGAAUGGAGAGGUGGGUCUGAUUCAGGGCUCAGUUAUUCUUGAGAAGCAAAACGUGAUUGUUUCAAGGUUCAGGUAUGUGAAUUUUCUCUCUCCAAUGGAUGUAAGCUGAUUUGUGUCAGACUGCGUAAAUUCUAUGGAUGUGCAAUAAUCCCAACAAAUCAUAACUUAAAAUUUAAUAAAUUUGUUUCUUUUCAUCAUAUGUAAAUCCUGUGUAUUUUUACCACAAAUUAACUAGAAAUUAAAAUUAUUGCCACAAACAAAAAAAAAAAAAAAACCAUUUUUUCUAUCAUAAUCAUAACACAGCAGAAGGUGUGCAUGUAUUGGGAGAAGAACAGCCAAACAAAA